GCAGUAUCGGUGGUGGUAGUGGUAACGUCACGUUAGUCAGACCUAACUCGUACAAUUGUAGAUUAGUCGUGGUAGUAUUUUAGUCUCGUACUAGUAUUGUAGGCUAGUAGUAGUAGUAUUGUAUAAUUAUAAAGUUAGUAGUGCUGGUGGUUGUAAUGUCACGUUAGCUAGCUAGCUAGCUCGUAGUAGGCCUAGUAGUAGUGUAGACUCGUCGUUGUAGUAUUGAAGGCUACUAGUAGUAGUAGGAGUAGUAGAAGUAUUGUCGGCUAGUAGUCGUAGUAACGUUAGUAGUGUUCUUGUAGACGAGUCGUAGUGUGCUCAGUUAAAGACUUUCGGCGCAGACGGAAGUAGAAAACGUGAAUCCUCUCUUCCUCUGUUAGGAUUCCGCCAUAUUCCGUGUACUGUCCCUUUAAAAGCACUCGGCGCUUUCCGGUGUGAGUCGGCGCUGCUCGUCAUCAACCUCUUUCACUGCGGCUCCAUCGCCGAGCGGACUGGCCCGCUGCUCUCCUCCGAGAACUCAGUGCCGACUGCCGGAUCUAUUAAACCACCGACGCCGGUUCCCUGAAAGCCUCCAGCUCCCGUCAAAAUGCAGGCUAUCAAAUGCGUGGUGGUGGGCGACGGGGCGGUGGGUAAGACCUGUCUGCUGAUCAGCUACACCACCAAUGCCUUCCCCGGGGAGUACAUCCCCACCGUCUUUGACAACUACUCUGCCAAUGUGAUGGUGGAUGGGAAACCAGUGAAUCUGGGCCUCUGGGACACGGCAGGACAGGAGGACUACGAUAGGCUCAGACCACUGUCCUACCCACAGACGGAUGUGUUCUUGAUAUGCUUCUCCCUGGUCAGUCCGGCCUCCUUUGAGAACGUCCGAGCUAAGUGGUACCCCGAGGUGAGACACCACUGCCCCAACACGCCCAUCAUCCUGGUGGGCACCAAGCUGGAUCUGAGGGAUGACAAGGACACCAUCGAGAGGCUGCGGGACAAGAAGCUGUCCCCCAUCACCUACCCACAGGGCCUGGCCAUGGCCCGGGAGAUCGGGGCCGUGAAGUACCUGGAGUGCUCCGCGCUCACCCAGCGGGGCCUGAAGACGGUGUUCGACGAGGCCAUCCGAGCCGUGCUCUGCCCUCCGCCUGUGAAGAAGAGGGGGAAGAGGUGCACCAUGUUCUGAGGAGGAAGCCCCGCCCCCCCACCCCUCUACACUACACUACAUCACCAUGUACAACAACCACUACUUCUCUGAGAGGAUGAGAUGGGAAACUAGCAAGAGUGAGUGUGCACUGCUGAGAUUGCUUUCUUUAUAUUGAUGUUUUUUCAAAGCGACAUUGGUAUAUUUAAUCCAAUUUUUUUACCAUAACUGAAUAGGCUCAUAGUUUCUCUGUGAAAGACAUUGACUGUCCACCUACUUUGUACUCAUAGAACCGCCUCACGUUGCCAUGAGGGCUGACAAAGGUCUCCAUUUACUGCAUUCUGCGACAUCUCUUCUUUUUCAGCCGCGCUUGCUUGAGUUUUUGGAUUUUUGAAACGUUCUGAAUUUCUCAGUCUCACUGUUGACGAGCUGGAUAGGGAACUGUGAGGUCACCCUCAGCUGCUGACCUGAGAUCAGCACGCUGUUCACUAAAUGCCACGACCAGAGCGCCUUAAAUGUUACGUUAUAUUUAGACGUCAGAGGGAUGAGUUCAAGGGGAACUCUGUUAUUCUUUUGUAGUUUUGGCCCCUCAUUCCAACCAGUGAUGAUGUAAAUUCUGAGAUUUGAGGAACCGAAUGAGUCCAGAAACAAAAGAAAGCAGCAGCUCUUCAUCCUAACGCCUCCUCCUAGAGAACAUCCUGUUUAAUGGGGAACCGGUGGAUCUUUCAACCUGGACCCUAUUUUAUGAUGUUUUUGUGUGUAAGUGACAACAACCGAGCUGCGAGGGCAACUCUUCACUAGAGGUCAUUCCUGUCUCUUUUUAAUCUUCGAAGUGUCCUUCCAACGCUAUGGAAAGAACCCUCUGGAGAGGGAAGAGAGGAGCGUGAGCGAUGAUGAUUAUUAUUAUUUUUUAUCCGCAUUAUUAUUAUUAUUAUUAGUAGUAAUGUAAGGAUGUAGUUUGAUGAAGAGGAGGUGGCUUGUUGCCUGGAGUCCGUGAGAGAUGGAGAGGGGUGUGUCCCAGGCAGUGUGGCAGACUUUAAAGGUCACGGCUGAAUAUUUAGAGGACGUGGAAGAGGUCCUUGAACUCAACGAUAUUUAUCUGAGUUCACGGACGCUGCAACGCUGCAUUCAGGUCUCACAACGAGACUUGGUGAGGAGGUGGAAUGUGAACAAUAAGUUUAGUUUCUCUGCGGGUUCUUUCCAUCAUGUUGUCAGACACUCUGGGGUCAGGGGUCAAAAACAACGACAUUCUGUGAGGAGUUGAUUACACCUGUAGCGCUCUCCCUCCAGCAAAUAGUCCCAAACAGGAGAUUAGGCUCCAAGGUGAAUAAAUACAUACAUAUUUAAAAAAGCCUUUGAGUUAAGAUCAUUUUGUCAAAUAAAAAAAAACUAACAUUUCUCUGUCUCACCUGAUCUGUGCCAGAAUGACCACGGUGGCAUUCCCACUGUGGACAAACAGCUGAUCUUAGUCCAGUGUCUUUGGGUAACUUCAUCUAACUGUGAACACGUGACAGACGAGCAUGCCAAACAUGGGGGCCGAACACCCUGCUGCCUGAGCGCUGCCUCGGAGGCUGGAGGAGCUUGCAUGGGUCUUAAAAUAUUCGGUCUUAAUUUAUCCCAUUAAUUUUGUCUCUGUUCCUGUGUGUGUGUGUGUGUGCGCGCGCCUGUGUGUGUGUGUGGGUGAGUGUGUGUGUGGACGAGCAUGUGUCGUAUCAGUGGGACGGCUUUGUUUCACGGUUCGGGGGCAGUGCAUAAAAAACAGUAUUGUUUUGAGCCAAGUUUUUUAGUGUCCAGUUUUUUGGUACUAUUUCAUAUUGUAUUGUAGUAAACACGAGACUUUUCAACAAUCUGUGGACAUAAAGAAAGAAAAAAAAGAAAAGAAAAAAAACAGGAUAUUAAUGACAUCUCGUGAUGUGGGAAUAAUCCUUAGGAAAGGAAUGCGUUAUGAAUAUCUACAUGUACCUGAAUAUUUAGCUCUUAAGACUAAAACAAUUGAAACUAAAGGGAGUAUAGUCGCUUGUGUUGAAGUUAGAAGUGUUGCUAACAGUGUACAAUAAUAAAAGGGCCGAUCCUUUUAUGACAUGCAUCUCUGUGUGGUCACAGGCCGGCAGUGUGUCUGUCUCCCCCUCGUGGCGAGACGCAGCACUGCAGGCCCAUCCGUCACGCUGUCUUUGGUUGGCAUAGCAAACUGUGUGGUUGCGUCAUGUCGUGUGGUCCCGCCCCCCGAGGAGGAGCAAAGGCACUGUAAUCUACUAUUGCAUGGAAGUUCUCUGGUUAUUUGACCCACUGUAAUUCUUAGGAGAGGUUGUAUAAUGAAAUGCAUUGGCCAUGUACGUAUGUAAUGUAAGAUGACUUGUAUACUUGUUCCAACUGUUUGUCUUAUUUUUUAUUACUUCACAUGUCUGUGUGGUGAAAUAUUUCAAUUUUUUUGUAUACUAAAUACAAAUGUAUAUGUAAGGCA